AAGUAUUGUAUGUACCAGCCUAAUUAAUUUGCUAAUUACAACUCUUUUCGUACUAUGUUAGUAGUUAGUAGGUUGUUUGAAUGUUGUUAAAGUCUUGUAUGAAAAUUAGGCAUCUUCUUCGACAAUUUGACCAUGAUUCUAUAUGAUCUUUUUGUCAAAAUAAGUAAAGAUCCACAGUUUGUAACGUUUUAUAGACCGAAUUCAUUGCAAAAAUAUAACCGAGUUUGUAUGGUUCGAUUGAUGUUGAUUACACGCACAAUAGAAGGUCAUGCGGGAAGAUACGUAGUCUUCAUCCUCAUCAUUCUUACCCUUUUAUCCCCACUACAACUAUUAUCAUUUCACAUCCAUAACCGCCGCAUCAAUUAUCUCCUCAGAUGUCAAAUCCUCCGCCGGAAGCUAACAACGCCGCCGUAAUCAACAUCCCUACCCACACCCGCCGUCGCUCUUUCAGAUUCCAGAACUUGCCCGGUGCAAAGCCGAUCCCACUGGCACUCUCCAUCUCCGUAGGACUCAUCGUCUGCUUCGCCAUCCCAAAACCCAGUCAGGUUACAACACAGGCGUGGCGACUGUUUGCCAUCUUCCUCACCACCAUCGCGGGACUCAUCCUCGGACCUUUACCCGUCGGUGCUUGGGCUUUCGUGUGUCUAACGAUCUCCGUCGUGACAAAGACGCUUCCGUUCAAAUCUGCCUUCGCUGCCUUCACGAACGAAGUGAUAUGGUUGAUAGUUGCAUCGUUCUUCUUCAGCAGAGGGUUUGUGAAAUCUGGACUGGGUGAUCGGAUGGCAAUGUACUUUGUGAGGUGGUUAGGCAAGAGCACGUUGGGUUUGGCCUAUGGUUUAGCGAUUUGCGAAGCUAUAAUUUCGCCGGCGAUGCCUAGUACAACUGCCAGGGCCGGUGGGAUCUUCUUGCCGAUUAUUAAUUCCUUGGCGAUCGCCGGUGAGAGUAGGCCUAAGGACGGCUCCGCUCGGAGACUUGGUGCUUUCCUUGUUCAAUCUCAAUUUCAGUCAUCUAGUAGCUCGAGCGCUCUUUUCUUGACGGCUGCAGCUCAGAACAUGUUAUGUAUAAAACUAGCUGACAGUUUAGGGGUGAAAAUCAAAGAUCCAUGGAUAACAUGGUUUAAAGGUUCUUGUUUACCAGCCUCGGUUUCUCUUAUGUUAACUCCACUCAUCAUCUACAAGAUCUUUCCACCAGAGACCAAGCAUACACCUGAUGCUCCUAUCUUGGCUCAAACCAAGCUUGACCAAAUGGGUCCGGUUAAAAGGGACGAAUGGAUCAUGUUAGGAACCAUGCUCGUAACUGUUGCGUUAUGGAUUUCCGGAGAAAAUCUUGGCAUUUCAAGUGUCGUUGCAGCAAUGCUAGGUUUAUCGAUCCUUUUAAUCCUCGGGGUCCUCACAUGGGACGAUUGCCUAAGUGAAAAAUCAGCAUGGGACACAUUGGCUUGGUUCGGGGUGCUCAUUGGCAUGGCAACUCAACUCACCGACUUAGGAGUCGUGCCCUGGAUGUCAACUUGUGUGGCCAACUUUCUUAAAUCUCUUUCAGUUGGAUGGCAUCUCGCACUUCUUCUCCUUCAAGCUGUAUAUUUCUUCAUUCAUUAUCUAUUUGCCGGUCAAACAGCUCAUGUUGGUGCAUUGUACUCCGCAUUCCUUUCGAUGCAUCUAACUGCUAAAGUCCCCAGAACUCUUUCGGCAUUGACUUUGGCAUACAAUACAAACCUUUUUGGUGCCCUCACACAUUAUAGUAGUGGUCAGGCUGCUGUAUAUUAUGGAGCUGGGUAUGUAAGACUUCCGGAUGUCUUCAAGCUUGGGAUUAUCAUGGCCAUGAUUAACAUAAUGAUAUGGGGACUAAUAGGUACCCCGUGGUGGAAGAUUUUGGGUCUUUAUUGAGUUAGAAUUGAUAUUGAUAAUAUCUUAAUAUUCUAAUGUUAUAAGCAUUUGUUUUUAAGAAGGAAUGCUUAUAAUUGCUUGAAUCCGAUGUACAUUUACACCUUUUAUCCGUCUUAUUUUUCAUACUUUUAUGUCAUCAUCAAUGAUAGUAUUAUAUUUUAUAUAGUUUUA